AUGUUUCACUGGAGCAAGUGGAAGAAGAGGAUGGGAGCGAGCGCCUCCUCCUCCAAGAGACCCGUCUUCGACGAGCGGGAGGACGUGAACUUUGACCACUUCCAGAUUCUCCGGGCGAUUGGGAAGGGAAGCUUUGGCAAGGUGUGCAUCGUGCAGAAGAGGGACACGGAGAAGAUGUACGCCAUGAAGUACAUGAACAAGCAGCAGUGCAUCGAGAGGGACGAGGUGCGCAACGUCUUCAGAGAGCUGGAGAUCCUGCAGGAGAUCGAGCACGUCUUCCUGGUGAAUCUCUGGUAUUCCUUCCAGGAUGAGGAGGACAUGUUCAUGGUGGUGGACCUGCUGCUGGGAGGUGACCUGCGCUAUCACCUGCAGCAGAACGUUCAGUUCAGUGAGGAGACGGUCAAACUCUACAUCUGUGAGAUGGCGCUGGCUCUCGACUACCUGCGGAGUCAGCACAUCAUCCACAGAGAUGUAAAACCCGACAACAUCCUCCUCGAUGAACAAGGUCAUGCCCAUUUAACAGAUUUUAAUAUUGCAACAAUCAUUAGGGACGGUGAAAGAGCGACAGCAUUGGCUGGGACAAAGCCAUACAUGGCCCCAGAGAUUUUCCACUCGUUCCUGAGCGGCGGGACGGGCUAUUCCUUCGAGGUGGACUGGUGGUCUCUGGGAAUCAUGGCCUACGAGCUGCUGCGGGGCUGGAGGCCGUAUGACAUCCACUCCAACAACCCCGUGGAGUCUCUGGUGCAGCUCUUCAGCACGGUCAGCGUGCAGUACUCCUCAGCCUGGUCCAAGGAGAUGGUCGCGCUGCUGCGGAAGCUGCUGACAGUGAAUCCUGAGCAUCGCUUCUCCUGCCUGGCCCACAUCCAGGCCUCGGCUCACCUGUCCGGCGUGGUCUGGAGCGACGUGUGCGAGAAGCGUGUGGAGCCGGGCUUCGUCCCCAACAAGGGCCGCCUGCACUGCGACCCCACCUUCGAGCUGGAGGAGAUGAUUCUGGAGUCAAGGCCCCUGCACAAGAAGAAGAAGAGGCUUGCAAAGAACAAGUCAAGGGAUAACAGCAAAGACAGCUCCCAGUCUGAAAAUGACUAUCUCCAGGAAUGCCUUGAAGCUAUCCAGCAGGACUUUGUCAUCUUCAACAGAGAGAAGCUAAAGAAGAGCCAGGAGCAGCCGAGCGAGUCCGCGUCUGCCUCCGAGACCACGGAGGAGGCCGAGGCCGAGCCCCUGCACAUGUGCAGCUCCGUGUGCUCCUCGGGCAGCAGCUAGGCCGGGGCCGCGGGGCCAGGCCGCCCGCCCUCACCUGCCCUCGGCUGCGCUGAGCACCGAGCCCGCCCCGCUGCCCUCAGGACAGCACCGGCAGCUCCCCGGAGGGCUGGAGCCAGCCCGGUGCCCUCGGGACUGUCCUCCGGGCCGUGCACCGUCAGCCCAGGUCCCCUGGAGGGCUGGAGCCAGCCCGGUGCCCUCGGGACUGUCCUCCGGGCCAUGCACCGUCAGCCCAGCUCCCUCGGGACUGUCCUCCGGGCCGUGCA